AUGAUUACUAGUGACAUAGCACUAAGACUUUUUUUCAUCUUUCAGACUGGACUUGGGAUCCUGGGAAACUCUUUCCUCUUAGGUCUUUAUACCAUCACCUUCUUCACUGGCCCCAGGCUAAGACCUGUAGACUUGCUUCUUACCCACCUGGGCUUUGUCAAUGACUUGGUGCUUCUCUCCAAGGGAAUCCCCCAGAUACUAGCUACUUUUGGGCUAAAAAACUUUCUAAAUGAUGUUGGAUGUAAACUUCUCCUUUACCUUCACUAAGUUGCCCGGGGUAUUUGUCUCUGCACCACCUGUCUACUAAGUGGUUUCCAGGCCAUUACCAUUCAUCCUAGGAACUCCACAUGGACAGAGCUCAAAACCAAAGCUCCUAAGUACAUUGUCCCCUGUUGCCUCCUCUGCCGAACCCUCCAUCUUCUGAUGCAUUAUAUUAUUCUUGUAUAUAUGAAAAGCCCAGGGGGCAGUAGAAACACCACUGAGACAAAGAAUUUUAUAUAUUGUUCCAUCCCGUCUCAUAUAAUUAAUACUUUAUUUUAUGCAGUCAUGGUUUUCCUUCUUGACGUUGUGGGUAUUGGAAUCAUGGUCUGGACAAGUGGAUCCAUGGUUUUUGACUUGUACAGACACUGCCAAAGACUUCAAUAUAUUCACAACACCAGCCUCCCCCCUAGAACCUUCCUGGAAACCAGAGCCACCCAAACCAUCCUAUUGUCGGUCAGUUUGUUUGUCUCUUUUUACUUACUAAAUUCCAUCUUUGCAUUGUAUAUGGAUUUUUCAAAGUCAUAUCUCUGGCUUAUACUUACCUCUACCUUUCUGGCUGCAUGUUUCCCAGCUUGUAGCCCUUUUUUGCUGAUUGCCAGUGAUUCCCAAGUUCCCCGGUACUGCUUGCAUUUCUGGGGGAGGAUAAAGCUUUCAACUUGA